UGUUGGAAGGACAAAAUACGUUGAAGAACUAGUUGUCUACGUUCACCAUGACUGAAACUGCAGUGGAAACACCCGCCGUAACUUCGAAGAAGGGAGUGAAAGGAAAGGCUACGAAGAAAGCUGCGGCCAAAACCGGGAAGCCGAAUGUUCCCUCUCACCCGCCAACAUCUCAGAUGGUCGAUUCUGCUAUCAAGAAUUUGAACGAGAAGGGAGGAUCAUCUUUACGUGCUGUGCGCAAAUACAUCGCUGCUCAGUACAAAGUUGACACUUCCAAGUCAACUCACAUCAAGAAGUACCUGAAGAGCGCUGUCGCUUCAGGCAAACUUGUCCAGACCAAAGGCACUGGUGCGACGGGAUCUUUCAAGUUCCCGGCGAAGGACAAACCAACGAAGAAACCUUCUACCAAGCCAAAGAAAACUGCGAAAAGUCCGGCUAAAAAAUCGGCAGUUAAGCCUAAAGCCGUUGCCAAGAAGACCAAGGUAGCGACUAAGUCUCCUGCCAAACCUAAACCUAAGCCGAAGAAGUUGAAGGUCACCACAGCUAAACCCGCCAAGAAGACUACGUCUCCCAAAAGGAAAGCACCAAAAAGGAAGUAAAUUUCAUGUUUACUCUUAUACUAUUUUUAAAGGCCCUUCUAAGGGCCAC